AUGUAUAGUAGUCUCGACCAAGUACGUGUAGACAGUACUGGAAACGACACCAGGACAAAGAAAAAGACGAGCGGUGACUCAGCUCUGAAAGUGUAUUUUGCUCUUACUGUUGGUGUUGGGAUCGGCGGUUUUAUUGUAUCCGUUCGGCUCCCUGACGCUUGCUUUGACCAUAAAGAAACGAUAGUGAUAGUGUACGCUGUGAUUCAGAGUGUCUGGUUGUGGAUCUCAACACUGGCUAGUAUUGGCUACUUGAUACACAAGAAAUGCAGCGCCCAACUUAGACCGAAACCAGAAUGUGAUUGCUUUAGCGAUAUCUGCAAAGCGUUUAGACUUUUUUUCUACCACCAUCCAGAAAUAGUUCCAAUGACAUUACUCGGACUAGCUACCAUCGGUGGAAGCAUACCAAAAAUGGUAGUCUUGAACAAUUGUAUGAGCGGUGCACUAGUGAAAUUUGAGAUCGUUUACAUGGUAAGUGAAUCUGUUUUUAUUCUUGUUACUAUCUGGACGAUUGUUACGCAAUGGCUGCACAACCCCAAAUGCAAAGAAAACUUGAAGAAUGGUCAAUAUGUGUCUGUUAACUCUGGCAAGGCACCUGAGCGCAGGGAUAUUGACGUGACAUUUGCACGGUGGCCUUCUUGUCUUCCCGACCCCCAGCGUGUUCUUCUUUUGUGUUAUGUGAUAUCUAUUCUCAUAAUUCUAGUCUCAUCUGCAGCAGACGAAGGCGCUCAAGAAACGACAUUUAAUGCCGUCAGAAAGUGCAGCAAUAAUACGUUGACGAACAAAUGUAAAAUCCGUGUCAAGAAUAGUGCUGAGCUGACCAACAACUUUUUUGCUCCACUGAAAAUGCAGUUCUGUUUCGUUACUCUCAUGAUUUUAGUUUCAGUGUGGAUAACGCUUAAUUCAUCACAGAAAGACAAUAGCAGCGGCGAUCAAAAAUCCGGUGACUCAGAAUGUUACUCAAAGUGGUACGAUGUAAUUCUAAAUAUUGUGGUAAUUUUGUUUGGCGUCGGUGUCUUUGCUGUUUAUGUCUAUUAUGCAGUACAACUUAUCAACACAUCAAAUUUGACUUCAAAUUCGACAGCAAAUGCCACUAACUCGACUAUGUCACAGAGCACCUCAUUUGAUGAAUCAUCAUUGUAUUCGCUAUCAUCAAAAUUAAAGGAAAAAUAUAUGGAAAACGUUAAAAAUUUCUUAAAAGUUCAAAUUUCGGUGGAAUUAGUUUCUUCAGUUGUGCUGCUAAUUUUACUUUGCGUCAGAUUCUGCUGUACCCAAAAGCAGGAUAUUGGUGUUUUCAACGGUGGAAACAUUGAUGACGUUAUAGUGAUGACGACCUGCACCGCAGUUACUAUUCAUUGUGUCUUUAAUCUGGCUUCUUACAUGGAAUGUUUGGAACGACAUGAUAAGUGCACUUUGACUUCGAUUUUGAUUGGCCUGGAGAUUGCAAGUUUGGCACUAGAUAUUGUGCAAGGUUUUCUUCAAACUGCCCUUCUCCUAAUAUUAAAGACAUUGUGUCAUCCGGUGAAAACACGAGCAGACGUACGCCGUAAUUUAUUUUAUGGCAAUGCGCUAACGUUUUUGAGUUUCGUCAAUCUCGCAAUAUGUCUAGGAGACUGUUUGGUUGAAUUGAGAGAGGCCAGGUCGGCGAGAGGUUAUCUUGUUGGCUUUCCAGUAUAUCCGUCCGAGUCUUGGACAUUUGUAACGCAAUUGUAUUAUCCUCUGGGUGUCUUUUUUCGAUUAUAUAGCGCUAAUGCGUUUUGGAAGAGCGGCGUUAACAUUUUAUAUAACCAUAGUCUAGUUAAAAUUAAGUCUGAGAACAAUAUUACUUGAA